AUGAUUUGGGGCUUUUUUUUUGUCCUAAAUCGUAGAACAAAAAGCACCAACACCACCAAGCCCCAGCAACAUCAGGGCCUCAGGCCACUUCUGGACAUUGAUUGCGAUCAGCGGCAUCAGCCACUGCGAUCAGUGACCAGGGAGGGAUCUUCGACUACGACUAGCAAUCUUCGACAGCGAUCAAUCACUGCGACCAACAAUCUUCAACUGCGAUCAGCUAACCCAGCAAACCCAGAUUGCAAUCAGCCACUGCGACCAACAAUCUUCGACUGCGACCAGCAAACCCAGAUUGCAAUCAACGACUCAAACGAACCCAGCGAACUUAGGCGUCAUCUCCUCCCUUUAAGGUAAAAACUUCAUUUCAUAUCUUAUACAAUAAAACUAUGGUUUGUGUUUUUGGGCAUAAAAUGAUCUAACCAAGUUUGUGCUUGUGUUUUUGACUGAGAGUCUGUGACAAUGUGACUAAAUCUCUUUAUUUUGUAAUUUUUUAGUAUGAUGUGUGAUGUUUGUUUAAUUAUUUGGUGUUUAAUUCUGGACAUUGUUGGGUGAUUUUGCACAUUUUUGGGUCUCUGACAGUGUGACUACAAAAUCAAUAUAUUUUGCACAUUUUAUAUUUUUUAGUUAAAUUAUUAUAUAUAUUUUUUAUUUUUUAUUAUAUGGCCAGUUCGACCUGUGACCCACCGGUUGAACCAGUGAACCAUUGACCCAGUCCCCUAGCCGUUUUGAUGAUCGGUCUGGUUCUGAUAACAUUUGCCCGUGUCCGUAUUCGUGCUUCUUAGCUCUCCAUCUCCUCUGCUUCUCUCCACCACAAUUAUCUUUCUCUACCCUUUUCUUUUCUCAUCUUUUUUCUCACACAUGCAUACGCCUCUGCCAUCCCCAACAAUAGUCCCACCCCCUUUCCAGCACAUAAAGUGUUUGUUGAAAUGCCUCAAAAAACAGUGUUCCCUGCUCGAGUUGAAACAUCCAUCUUUCCACAUGCCUUUUCUUUUUUCC